GUAGAUAAGUUUGUUUCUUCAUCUGAACAGAUUUGUAGAAAUGUAGCAUUGCAUCACUUGUUCACCAGUGGAUCCUCUGCAGUGAAUGGGUGCCGUCAGAGAGUCCAAACAGCUGAUUAAAACAUCACAAUAAUCCACAAGUAAUCCACACCACUCCAGUCCAUCCGUUAAUGUCUUGUGAAUCAAACACUACAUGUUUGACAUCAAGUCAAGACGUUUGUAACUUCAAACUAUUUAUUUUUCAGACUAAAAUAUGAGUCAUCCAUCCAUGAUAUUGCUUUCUCCACAUCAAAAGGAUCUAUUGGUGAGCAAGUGAUGUAAUGAUAAAUUUCUCUAAAGAAACAAACUCAUCUACAUCUUGAAUGGCAUUUUUGGGUGAACUGUUGCUUUAAACAUCUAUCAGGUAUGGUUUGUGAGUGUGACUUCCUUUCAGUGGGUGGAAGAGAGUCAUCCUCUUCUGAGUUUCAAAGCUCUGAAUUACAUUUCCUUCCUAAAACUUUUUUGAAUGCAACCAGAUUUCGUAAUCUCAAUGUAUUUUAACUGCGGAAAUGACACAAAGAUCAUCCACCAUCUUAUCUGUCUUCUAGUGUGGUGUCAAGGUGUAGAAACAUUAACACAGCUAACAAAUGUGGGAGACAAUGUGUCCAUAAACUGUGAUCUUGAAGAAAAAGAGAUUUAUUGGAUGCUAGUAACGAUGGAAGUACCAAAUCGUCCAGUUAUAAUAUUGCGGUUGUUUUCAACGUCACCAACUCCUUUUUACUACGAUGCAAGUUUCAGACCCAAAUAUUCAGUGCAACCUGAAAAUCAUCUAUUUAUCAAAAAUGUCACUCUUGACGAGUCAGGCGUUUAUUACUGCAUGACCACAGAGGCACCUCCAAAAUUCAGCAACAGCAUCAGACUUCACAUCACUGAACCAGCUAAAUUACCUGAGUGCCAGAAUCACACUGUGGCGGAGUAUAUUGAGCAGAAUCAUACGGUGGUGAAUUGUACUGACCAAAUUCAGAGACCAUGGAUGAUUAUUGUUAUCUUAUCUGGUCUAAUGCAUGGUGUUCUGGUUUUUGUGGUCAUUGGUGUAUGUUACUACUCUAGAGAAAUUUUAAAAAGACAAGAAGAAGAUUUAGAGGGGACUCAGUUUAUGCCUCUGGAACAACUUCAAGAGCAAAAAACAAUGUAUACUGAGGUGGUCUUUUCCUUGACGUCUGAAGAGUUUGAAAAAAACUGGUGCUUUUCUCCUGCAGCGCGAAUCAUAAACAGGAACGCUUGUUCCUGACCUUAGACCAGUGGGUUGUUUAUACUUUUGUUUUAAAUAUAUAAUUUCAUAACAUAUGUUUUCUUUCUUAAUAAAUAAAAAAAAUAACAAAGAAAUAGACAUCACAAAUUAACUUUUCUCUCUUUUUUAAACAAACAAUGCA